GCGCUAUCUCCCGGCUGGCGGGCUGCGGCUAUGGAGGGCGAACCUCCUCCGGUUGAGGAGCGGCGGCGGCUGCAAGAGGAGCUGGGCGAGUUUGUGGAGAGCUGUUGCCGGACGCUGGAGGAGGUGACAGCGUCCCUGGGCUGGGACCUGGAUAGCCUGGAUCCGGGGGAAGAGGAGGCGGCGGAGGAUGAAGUUGUGAUAUGUCCUUAUGAUUCUAAUCAUCACAUGCCUAAAUCAUCUUUAGCAAAGCACAUAGUAUCUUGUAAAUUGAGGAAACUGGGCUAUACCAAAGAAGAAGAGGAUAAAAUGUAUAAUCCUGAUUUUUUCUAUGAGAAUGUGAAGAUACCUUCAGUUACUUUGAAUAAAGACUCUCAAUUCCAGAUAAUUAAACAAGCUAGAACUGCAGUUGGAAAAGAUGGUGAUUAUAACAAUCAAAGGAUUUAUUCUUCAUUGCCUGUUGAAGUUCCUCUCAAUCACAAACGGUUUGUUUGUGAUCUAACUCAAGCGGAUCGCCUUGCCCUCUAUGAUUUUGUAGUUGAAGAGACAAAGAAAAAGCGCUCUGAUUCUCAGAUCAUUGAAAAUGAUAGUGAUCUAUUUGUGGACUUGGCUGCCAAAGUCAAUCAAGAUAAUAGUCGAAAAAGUCCAAAAUCCUACCUUGAAAUCCUGGCAGAGGUGAGAGAUUAUAAAAGACGACGCCAGUCCUAUAGAGCUAAGAAUGUUCACAUAACCAAGAAAUCAUAUACUGAGGUGAUUCGGGAUGUGAUAAAUGUGCACAUGGAAGAACUCAGUAAUCACUGGAAAGAAGAACAGGAAAAAGCAGAGGAUGAUGCUGAAAAGAAUGAAGAAAGGCGAUCAGCUUCUGUAGAUUCACGACAGUCUGUUGGAAGCUAUUUGGAUGCUGAGUGUUCACGACAUAGAAGAGAUAGGAGUAGGAGCCCACAUAGACGAAAAAGAAAUAAAGAUAAAGAUAAAAACUAUGAGUCGAGAAGAAGGAAAGAGAGGGAUGGAGAGAGACAUCAUAGUCAUAAAAGAAGAAAGCAAAAAAUGUAAAUGGAGUAUUCGUGCAUGCAUUAAUUAUGCUUAUGCCAUGAUAAUCAAUAUGCUAAUAUUUUAAUAGCUUUGCAUAGGAAAAUGUUUAUAUGAUCUAUUUAGUGCACAUUAUUUUCAAUAAAUACUUACUGCUUUGAACUGUGAGUACAUUAUAUGCCCUACAAUUUUGUUUUCCAUAUAUUUUAGUAGAUGGUUUACUUUCUAUUACUG